UUCAGAUCUGUUUCCCUCUCAUUUCCACGACCCUGUUCUUCCAGUCCAGACGCCGCCAUGGAUGAACCCUCCUCUGCAUCGACAACCUCGUCCAUCAAGCUGCCCACAGAUGAUGAGCUGCUGGUCAAGGGCUUUCCUCCGCAAUCUCCUAUCUGUGUCACCAUCAGCAAGCAAUUCAUUCUUGAACAAGCAAUUGAAAGAAUUGGUGGCACAAUCCAUCCAUUCACUUUCGCGGACAUAGGCAGUGACGAUGUGGGCAUCUCUGUCUCUAUUGACCUGCCCCCGCACAGCAAAAGCCUGUCAAGCACAACAAAGGAAUUUCAUGGACCAAGCAUUGAAUCUACAUGUGUUGCCGCCCUUGGAUACCUGCAGAAAACAGGCAUAAUCAUGGUAGAUGAUGCAAAUUUCGCGGAGCUGAAAAAAUGCAAAAGAAAACUUCAGGCUGGGGAGUUCUGGUCGUCGACGCUCUACAAUCAGGCCAGCGCCCUGCAUAACCAACUCUCUUCGCUGACCGCAAUCAACCAGGGUCCCCAACCUAAGCCUAAACAAGAAGCUGAUGUGCUACCUUCUACGUACAAGAAUACUUCACGGGCCAAUUACCAAAUCAUGUUGUCCGAGCAUGUUAGGAUCAUCUCCAUUUAG